GAAAAUGUCAUCCGGCAGCCGGUAUAUGGCUUACUCACCUUCUCCUUCUACUGCGCCUCACUCUCCUCACAUACCUGGCGUUCGCUCUGCUACCAACGUUCUUGUCGAGCAACAAGAGAAGUAAGCUCUCAAAACUCGCCUCAUUUACUUCCUUAUCUCCCCCUCCCCCAUCUCUUCGAAUCGAUUCAACGAAGCUUCAUAUAGCAACAGUUUAAAAAAAAGGUAUCUCUCCGAGUUACUGGCAGAGCGUCACAAGCUCAGUCCCUUUAUGCAGGUGCUGCCUCAUGGCUACCGGUUAUUAAAUCAGGAAAUAUUGCGUGUAACCACUCUGUUGGGGAAUGCAUCACUUUUAGAUCAAAGUGGGCUUGAACAUGCUAGCCCCCUGACAUCUGGAGGAAUAUUUUCAAAUGGAGGAAGAGCCGAUAUGAAUGGAUGGACCUCAGCAAUUCAAUCAGAAAGGUUAGGAUUCUUACAGUCCUCACCAGCACAAAGUUGGCUUGGAUCACAGGGUAGCUCUUCAGGUCUUAUUGUCAAGAAAACGAUCCGAGUGGACAUUCCUGUGGACAAAUACCCUACUCAGUACAACUUUGUUGGCCGCCUCCUUGGUCCUCGAGGCAACUCUCUUAAACGUAUGGAGGCAGGCACUGAAUGUCGUGUCCUGAUCAGAGGGCGUGGCAGCAUCAAGGAUCCCAUUCGGGAAGAAAUGAUGAGAGGAAAACCGGGAUAUGAGCAUUUGAAUGAACCUCUCCAUAUACUUGUGGAGGCGGAGUUGCCUGUGGAAAUAAUUGAUGCCCACCUGAUGCAAGCUCGUGAGAUCCUUGAAGAUUUGCUCAAGCCUGUGGAUGAAUCUCACGAUUUCUUUAAAAAGCAGCAGCUCCGAGAGCUAGCAAUUCUCAAUGGUACACUCCGUGAGGAAGGAUCACAUUUGUCUGGUUCUGUUUCCCCAUUCCACGACAGCCUUGGAAUGAAGAGGGCUAAAACAAGAGGAUAACUCAAAAUUAUCUCUUUUAUGGCUUUUGGAGUCCGUGUGUUAUAUUUAGAUUGGGCCAGCUCAUUCACGCACGAUAGGUGUCAGUGUGCUGGCAUAUGCAAUCAAUUAAUUCAGGGACACACAUUGAUGCGUGUCGGUUUCAACUGUUUCCAUAUGAUGUAUGCUUAUCUCUUAUUUGGGUUGUGGAGGUUUGAUGAUACUUCCGAGUAGGUUGGGGACAUCUUCGGUUGAGGUCUAGCUCUAUAUGUUGAUUUCACAAUUUUUUUUUAGAAUCUCACCGAGUGUUUCCUCUAUGUUAUUUAAUGCAAGCUUGCGAUGACAGUUUUGCUUCAGUGAUGGGAGUAGUCAUAAAGGUCGGAAAAUGUUUGGUUUGUAUACAAAAUGUGAUACAAAAUAGCAUCCCAUGAUGCAGGUGGUUUGGUAGGUUGAUCCUGUAUUUAUGAAGUUGUAGAUUGUUCAAGUUGGGGAUGCCGUUCCCUUAUUUACACGGAUGUUCAGAUAUUGUAUG